AUGGCUGCGUUCCCCCGAAUGCUCCACAAGCGGAGGGCUCACAUCACAGCUCUGCCUCUGUACUACUCAGGGCACCUGCUCAAGAAAGUCUCUCACGAGACGGAUUUCAAGAGGUACUACGCAGAACUGCGCGGAGACACGUUGUUUCUGUAUCAAGAUGAAACGCAGGAAACAUACACAGAGAAGCUGAACCUACAGCAGUUAAGGUCCAUGCAGUCAGCAUCUCCAUAUCAGAGGAAAAUGCCCACCAUCUUCACCCUCAUGAUGCACACAGAGGAGGUCCACCUGAAGAUGGACAACGCUGACACCGGAGAAGAGUGGCGGGGUUACAUUCUGACAAUGGUCAAAAAAGAGAUUCCCAGUCAGCUUCAGCUGUUGCCAGGCCAAAGGAUGCUGCUUGAAGACGCCCUGGCCCAGGAGAAGCUGAGGUGCACCCAAGCGGAGAAACCGCCCCUCCCUCCUCGACCGACCCACCUUCUCGGGGCCUCGGCACUUGUCCCUUUACAGAAGGACACGCUUGAGCAUAGCGACCCGGAGACAUUACCGUGUUUCUUCAAUGUGACUCGACGGGAAGCUGAGCAGAUGUUGAAGCAGAACCCGGAGUAUGGGGGCAUCAUCCUUCGCCCGUCCACCAUGGCCAACAACUACGCCCUCACUCUUAGACAGGUCACAGCGAAGGGGCCUGUCAUGAAGAACUACAGGCUGAUCUGCAACAAGUCAGGAUUUACCAUCCAACUGGAAACAGCAGUGACAGUCUCCUCCCUGAAGGAGGUGCUGGAAUAUUUCCUAGAGAAGACAGAAUACAUGCUUCAUCCCUACAUGCCAGGUGACAUCUAUGAUGCUCGUAUCGAGGUGACACCUCGUGAAUCCGUCAUGUCCUCAACACCCGUAUAUUCACCCAAGGCACAACUGGCACCUGCGGUGCGUUUACAGACCAAGCUGGGGGAAGGUGAAUAUGUGGUCCCUGAUGAGCACAACUUCAGUGAAGGUGUGAAAGAAAACAUUUGCCUGUUACGAUUCAUGUUUUGUGUUCAUAUCAACUGAAAGUCUAAAUUGAUUUCCAAUAGUUCAACUGGAUGCAGAACUUUGGCAAUUCGUGCUAUUGCGGAGGAACUACACUAACAAAGAGGCCACCAUGAAAUUCCUCACUAGCACUGCAACAUUUUAAAUGUAAAGUUCAUCCAUGUGAGACAUUCGUAU